AAACUUGGCACUGGGAACAAGAAUAUUAAAUAAUACUUUGAAGAAAAAAAGAAUAACAAAAAAAUGCUAAACUUAGUGGUUUUUCUCCACCGCCCCCCCGCCCCCCUUUAAAGAAAAACAAGUCAGGAGUGGGCAAUACAGGUAACUAUAUAACAUUAUUAUAAUGCCAGCUAGGACAGUAAACUCUCAUAUCUCAACAUCUCUCCUUGCUGCCUUUGCACUUAGUCAACAUAAAGUCAUCACCACGCUGACACACUUUGAUGAGUCCAAUGUUCACAAAGAUAUGUUCUGGGUCAGGUGAUAAGUGGUCACUGCUGUUACAAACUGAGGUAUAUUGGGUCAGAACAAGUGCUAUUCACUAUCACAGGUAAAUGCAGCUAAAUAUAAGAAGAUUUUUCUCAGAUACUAAGUCAUGACAGCAUGGUCUAUUUUCUAUCCAGCAGAUUGAAAGGGGUUUUGGUGCUGUUGUUACUGUUCCAACUACCACUAGCCCUAAACUCAUGUCCAAAAUUCUGUGAAUGCACCAAUGGCCCCACAGUAAUAAACUGCACAGAUAGAGGGCUAAGCAAUGUCCCUUUGUUCCCUAAGGAAAGUGUAAGGAUUUACCUGGACAGAAACAACAUCACUAUCAUCCAGGAUGGAAAACUGAACCAUUUAAACCAGUUGGAAAAGUUGACAUUUGCAGAUAAUCAAGUGUCACAUAUAGAUGCUGGUGCUUUCCAUGGACUGACAAACCUGGAGGAGCUGGAUCUUACUUAUAACCAGCUUAGUUUUAAAUUGCCAGGCAGCAUGGAUAACACCCUAGUUUAUUCGAAAAAAUCCAUGCCACAUCCCUGUAACAUACUGCAUGGAAUGACAAAGCUGAAGACACUAAAACUGCAGCAUAACAAACUGGGUAAUCUGUUCAAAGAGGGAGCCUAUGCCUGCAUAUUUCAAGAUCAGGUUUAUUCUUUAAAGACAUUAGAACUAUCUCAUAACAAUAUAUCAGGUUUGACCAAUAAUUUAUUUUUAAACAUGUCUUUGGAGUAUCUAAAUUUGAGUUACAACAGAUUAAUGUCAGUGCCAAAACUUUUUCAGAACCUGACAUCUUUGACAACCCUAGACUUAUCCCACAAUGAAAUCACCUGUGUUAACAAUCUGAACACCAGCAUUGUCAGUAUUGAUCUUAGUAACAAUCCAUUCAGUUGUUCCUCAGCCAAAUGUAUACAGAACCUAAAGGGUCAAAGUGAAAAAUACAAUCAUUUUAGGGAGACUGGGAAAUAUGUGUGUCAUACUCCAGAAAAAUGUAAUGGACAAGAUAUCUAUGACCUUGACCUUACAAAUCUAUGUCAAUCAGGUCUGAGCACAACAAAGAAAAUCUUAGCUGGUGUCAUGGGGUUUACAGCAGGGAUGUUAACACUGGUUUCCCUGUGGAUGUGCUAUACCAGAAACCUUUUCAAAGUGUGUGUUGACAGAUGGAGAAGUUUCCAUUAUAAAGAGGUGCCAAGAGAUAUUGCAAUGCAUCACAUUUGAAAUGGUCUCAAAGGCCACAUUCCCAUAGGAUUUAGAUCGAUCUAUCCCCGUGGGGAGUCUCACUAGAUUACUGUCAGAUAAUCCAGUUAAAUGUCCGUCC